AUGCAUAUGACUUGGGCACUGACAUUGAAAGAGCUGGUCUUGGUGAAUGUUCAAAUAGACAAUCUCAGAAAAAAGUUUUGGGAAGGAAUAUGGAGACUAAAUGUUCCUAAUCUUACUAAACAGUUUAUAUUGAAGGCUUUAAAAAACAUCUUGCCAACAAAUUAUAAUUUAGUCAAGAGGAAAGUCCGUGAAGAUGCUAUAUGUCAAAUUUGUUGUAUGAAUGAAGAAACAAUAUGUCAUGUGCCGUGGUCUUGUCCAACUGCAAGUGAUGUGUGGGCAGAAAGUAAGAGUGGUCUUCAGAAGUGGAUCUGCGACGAGAAGGAUUUCUUUCAUGUCUGGUCUGAUAUGCAUACAAGAUUGCAGAAGAGCAGAGAUGAAGAGUUUGCCAUGAUCUUGAGAGGAUUAUGGACUAGAAGAAAUAUAAGGGUUUUUGAAGGCAAAUUUGACAGUCCAAGCAGAGUUAUCAUUGGUGCAAUAUCUAGUCUAAGGAGUUUUCAAGCAUCUAGAACUAAGAUGUAUCAGACAAAGGGGUCCAAUACCAAAAGGAGGAAAGAUACCAAGUGGAAGCCUCCUGAUGAGGGAGUAUCUAAGGUAAAUUUUGAUGCUGCUAUAGAUAAAGCAAAAAACAGACUGGGAUUGGGUAUUGUAGCAAGAAAUCAUAUGGGAGAGGUUUUAUUUUCUUUAAGUGCUUCAAAGAUGUUUGGUGGCACUUCUGAAAUGGCUGAAGCUGCUAUUCUAUGGAGAGCUAUAGAAUUAGUAGUGGAGCUUGAUGUUAGAAAUGUAGAGUUUGAAGGAGAUGCUGAAAGAGUGAUUAAAGCAGUAAUAGAAAAGGGAGAUACAUGUGCAUGGAUGGAACAGUUUUUUGACGAUAUGCAAUGUAGGUUAUUACAUAGACCUGACUGGUUUGUGAAGUUCUAA